AUGGAGACGAGGCGACCCUCGCGUGGCAGAGAUAGCUCCGGACACACCUACCAGCGCACCUACAAGGCCUGUUUGCCCUGUCGCCAACGGAAGGCCAAAUGCGACUUGCCGACAGGGCCGGAUGGCAUCUCUGCGGCUCCUCCGUGUGCCAAAUGCCGCAGAGAACAGAGACCUUGUGUCUUUAGCGAGAAGAGGGCCUGGGAACGGACGAAGAAGCGGAAGUCGCCGGAAGAUGGGGUUCCGGAAUCAUCACACUACUCCCGGAGGUUGUCCAGCAAUAUCAGCCAGACUGGAGAAGACCCCCAUCCCACUGUAGACCGUGACCCAACGCCGGGGACUUAUGCCAGUGAACAUCAUGGCAGUGCUCGAACUGCAAGCCGGUCGUACUCUCCUGAGUCCCGGCACAGUCGAAAUCAGUCAAACUCUGCCCUGGCUAACUCCAUGAUGCGCACUGUGGUCUCCAGUGGGAAUGAUGCUUUGAACAUUCUCUUCGAAGCGGCCGCGGCGCAUAGUCAGGAAAAUGGUCUAACUGAAGGCGCUCAAACGAGAAAUGCACACAACCAUACCGAUGAUACCACCCGUCAUGAGUCCUCGUUAAACCAGAUUCAUUCCACUGUUGCCCCUGAAGUCUUAGCAAAAGCCAUUCAACCGGUGGAGCUCUCCCAUGUCACAAAGGAGGUUCUUAGUGUAUGGGAGAUGUGUCGGUUUGUCAGGAUGGGGUGGUUCACAUCACGAGAAGCGGUCACUUUUAUUGACUUAUUCUACAAAAACAUGUCACCUCUGUCGCCCAUUCUUACAGAUCUCUACGCCCAUCACAAGAACCACCACUGGCUUGUGACCCGUGACCCUGUUCUAUGUUGCACGAUAUUGAUGAUAUCGUCUCGCUAUCAUCUCCUGCCUGGCGCAGGAGGCGAGUCGAGAAACUUUUUCAUCCAUCACCGGCUGUGGCAGCAUUGUCAGCAAUUAGUGAUGCGUCUCACAUUCGGCCAGGAGAGAUCAUCACAACCGAGAAUUCGAAGUAUCGGCACGAUCGAGGCCCUAUUGUUGAUGUCAGAAUGGCAUCCUCGCUCCCUCCAUUUCCCGCCCGAUAGUGAUGGAUGGGACUUUGAUCUGAUCUCGGUGGACCCCGAACCACAGGAACACGACGAUAAAUCUUCCACAAAUCGAUGGCUGGAGGAUAUGAUCGAACCCGCCAGGAGAUCGGACCAGAUGUCUUGGAUGCUCCUCGGAUCGGCUCUGUCACUUGCACACGAGCUGGGGAUCUUCGAGGUCGAUGAUAAAAAGGUGGAACAGCCUGCAGACUACGAAGGAUUUAUAUCAGAAGAACAGAUGCGGCUGCGUAGAGAGCGCGUACAGCGCUUGUUGUACGUGUAUAUUAACCAGCUGGCCUGGCGGAUUGGAUGCGUAUCACUUAUGCCACAGAGCCUCAUCCACUCGAUCUUGGGCCGGACGACAAGCACGAACAGUAACGGGGGUGGUGACGAGUGGAUGGCCUUCAUGGAUUCGUGGAUGGACCUGACCAAGCUGGCCAAAUCUGUGACGGACAUGUUUUUCCCGACAGUCUCGUUCGCCCGACAACACCUGCACAGUGGGCGGUAUAUCGACCUGCUGGAUCAUUUUCGCCCUCUGCUCGUCAAAUGGAAGGAAAAACACCUACAACCACAGGCACUAAACAAACGCUUCUUCGACAUUCUCUUUAUCGAGUAUCAUUUUGUCCGCGUCUACACACAUUCUGUCGGCAUGCAAGCGGUGGUCGAGCGCGUCCUGGCCGACAGCGACCCGAACGCGGAAGAAGUCCGCGCUUUGAACAUUGACGCGAUCGACUACGAGUACAUCCAGGAGGUCAUCGAUGGAUGCUGCCAGAUCUUGCAGAAGGUGACUCAACUCGCCGAGAUCGGCGCUCUACGCUUCUCGCCCGUGCGGAUAUUCCUGCGGAUUACGAGCUCAUCUAUUUUCCUCAUGAAGGCUCUGAGUCUGGGAACCCGCCAAGCGAAGAUGCGCGAAUCGCUGGAAGUCCUCCAGCAGACCAUCCAGUCGUUGAGGUCGAAUGCCCUUGACGACAUCCAUCUAAGCACCAGGUAUGCGACUUUGCUGGACAUGCACGUGUCGCGGUUGCGACGUAAUCUGUUAGCAUCGUCCAAGGUCAUGAAGAGUGGCCAGGGGACAACACGGUCCUCGACCGGGCCUCCACUCCCGGAAAACGAGACUCUCACGACGGUUGUGAAUGCCCCAAUGACGGAGAACAUGUGUGAUUUGGGAUUUGUCCCGGCGGACGACUGGCUCUCCUUGCCCUUUGAUCCGUCGAUGGCGCCGUUUGGCAUCAGCAGCGGCGGCCAGUUCCCGGCCUACGAAGGAGGCGCGCUCAAUUUUAUUUGGAAUUUACCGUCUUGA